UGUUCAACCCUCCGUGCAGGCAGCCAUGAAAGCUCAACCUCUUUUCCUUCUCAUCAUCAUAAACAUUCGCCAGAAUGGAAGAAGCAGCGACGAGCGGGAGCUUGAAAGAUUUCAGGAGAAUCUUUCAGUAUGCAGAUCGCAUCGAUUGGGUCUUGAACGCGAUUUCCUUCAUCUGCUCAAUCGCCAGCGGUUCGGCCAUGCCUUUAAUGGCCAUCAUUUUCGGAAAAUUUGCAAGCGAGUUUGGCAAUUUUGCUGAGGGACGGACGCAAUUGGAUCAGUUCCGGAGAGAUACCACUCGGCUUGCAUUGUGGUACUUGGGUCUUUUCGCAGUCAAAAUCGUCCUUGUCUACAUUGCGACGAUCGGAAUCACCAUCUCGGGAAUUCGAACUACCAGAACACUGAGACAAGCCUUUCUUGAACACAUACUUCGGACUGAGAUAUGGUACUUUGACACAGCUAAACGUGGCUCUUAUGUGACCCAAGUUACCACAAGUGCAACUCGCAUCAAUCAAGGGAUUGCAGAAAAGCUGGUUUUCGUUAUCCAGGCAUUGGCAAUGUUCGUUUCGUCCUUCUUGGUCGCGAUAUUCGUUCAGUGGCGGCUCACGUUGAUCACAAUGAGCGUUAUUCCUAUCAUGUUCCUUGUGAUGGCAAUCUGCAUGAAGUAUGAGGUCCAGCUUGAAUCUCAGAUUACCCGACCUUGUUCGAAUGCAGCCGCUCUAGCUCAAGAAGCCUUUUCCUCAAUUCGAACAGUACAUGUCUUCUGGGCUCAAGAAGUAAUGACCUCGAGGUAUGAAAAAUAUCUUAGCGAGGCCUAUCACCACGGAAAGAAGAAAUCGGUUAUCUAUGGCGUUCUGGGCGGAAUAACUAACUUUUGUGUGUAUUCUGGAAAUGGGUUGGCUUUUUGGAAAGGAUACCAGAUGUUUCAAACGGGCGAGAUCCAGGACAUUGGCCAGGUACUCACCGUUGUCCUCUCUGUGAUGAUGGCAUCGUCUGCGCUCAGUAUGCUGUUUCCUCAGCUGACAGCAAUUACAAAUGCUGCAGCCGCAGCCUCAGAGCUAUUUCAAUUCAUGGACAAACCGUCCAAGCUUGAUCCAUUGUCCCAUAUUGGAUACAAACCAAGAACCUGCCACGGCGCCAUUGAACUCCAACAUGUCAAUUUCGCAUAUCCCUCAAGACCAGAAACACAAGUGCUUCGAGACUUUAGUAUAUCAAUUCCAGCAGGGAAGACCACGGCUCUUGUAGGUGCAAGCGGCGGUGGUAAAAGCACCAUCAUCGGCUUAUUGGAGCGUUGGUACGAGCCAAUUUCUGGUAAAAUCACGAUAGACGGUAUUGAUAUCUCCAAGUUAAACAUAAAAUGGCUUCGAACACAGAUUGGACUUGUCGAGCAGGAUGCGACGAUAUUUAGGGGGACAGUGUUCAUGAAUGUUGCCAAAGGGCUUACAGACGACCAGAAAAAUCUCUCACAUGGAGAGCAGCUGAGUCUUGUCCAAACGGCUUGCGAAGCAAGCUAUGCCCAUGACUUCAUCCAAUCUCUCCCUCUAGGCUAUGAUACGUACCUUAACGACAGCGCUGGAAGCUUAAGUGGCGGCCAAAGACAGCGAAUUGCGAUCGCACGUAGCCUUGUCUCCAACCCAGCCAUCCUACUUUUAGACGAGGCCACAAGUGCGCUCGAUGCUCGAGCAGAAAUGCUUGUCCAACAGGCACUGAGUCGGAUAUCCAAAAACUGUACCACAAUCGUUAUCGCGCAUCGCCUCUCGACCAUCCGAAAUGCGGACAAUAUUGUUGUCGUGUCCCAGGGAAAAGUGACAGAGCAAGGAACUCAUGAAGAGUUACUCGCAGUUGACGGCCAUUAUUCUCAAUUUGUUAAAGCCCAGGGGCUGGAGAAUGACGAGGAACAUGUAGCUGUCACCCAUGCGGAAGGUUCAGAGUACACUCCUUCUGAUAGCGGCAGCAAUGACUCGACACAGCCCCUCCUUAUUGCGAAUGGCAGUCGAAAACCUAUGACGAGUGAAGAUUGCGAUAUGAACCCCGAGAGUCAAUCACUCGCGAUAGCACUUCUUCAACUUUUAUGGGAACAGAAGCCGCUAUAUCCCACAAUGGGAGCAUUGGUAUUCUUCUGCUGCAUGGCGGCUGGAACAUAUCCGAUACAAGCUUUGCUUUUAUCAAAAGUCAUCCAUACAUUUUCAGAGGAGAGUUCACCCCAGAAGGAUAAAAUUGGAAUCCUUUCGCUGAUGUUCUUCGGCAUUGCGCUUGGAAAUCUGGUGGCCUACUUUUUCACGGGAAGCCUCUCCAAUCUGAUCUCGCAGAAAGUGACCUACCUUUACAGGCUGGAACUUUUUCAGAGGUUGAUAAACAUGGAUAUUGAGUUCUUCGACCGAUUGGAGAAUGCAUCAGGGGCAUUGACAGCUGCCCUCACAGGUGUUCCGAGCAGCAUUCAGGAAUUGAUCUCGGUGAACAUAUUUGUUAUGCUUAUCAUGGCUCUCAGUACCGUGGCAAGCAGCUGCCUAGCACUGGCCUGGGGAUGGAAAUUGGCUUUAAUCAUGAUAUUUGCAGGGCUACCGCUGUUACUCACUUCGGGAUAUAUCCGGGUCCGGUUAGAAACAGAUCUCAAUAACCGAAACGACACGAGGUUUACUGAAAGCGCCGCCCUGGCAGCUGAAGCAGUUGCCGCUCUGAGAACCGUAGCAUCCCUAACAUCAGAACAUGAUAUACUGGCUGAAUAUGCAUCGGCACUUGAGGACAUCGUCAGGCAUUCGAUCAUGUCUCUGUCACUUGCUUUGAUUCCUUACGCAUUCUCACAGUCUGUUGAUUUUCUCGUCAUGGCUCUUGGGUUUUGGUACGGGGCAAGACUAAUUUCGUCUGGUGAAUAUACCGCAGACCAGUUUUUUGUCAUUUUCACAAGCGUACUCUUCGCAGGUCAAGCCGCAGCCCAAUUCUUCACCGUGUCUGGCAGCAUCGCAAGGGCGAGGAGUGCUGCAACAUAUCUGUUUCGAAUGCGACAGGAAACGCUUUCUCGUCAAUUACGUGAAAACAGUCGUAUCACUGACCCCGAUGGGGGUCAAGGGCUCUCAUUCUCGAAUGUCAAAUUCCGGUAUCCUCGGCGCCAGAUGAAUGCGCUGAGUGGGAUCUCCCUUAACAUUGACGCCGGCCAAUUUGUUGCCUUUGUAGGUCACAGCGGUUGCGGCAAGUCUACAUUGAUAUCCUUGAUUGAACGAUUUUACGAUUCUGACUCAGGCGACAUUCGUAUCGGGGGUCAAAAUAUUCUAGAGUCGUCGCUUCGAAGACAUCGUUCCUCAAUGGCCUUGGUUCAGCAAGAUACUGUGCUAUACCAGGGGACUAUAAGAGAAAAUAUAGCCCUGGGAGCCGGUAUGGAAGUAACAAAUGUUAUGAUCGAGGAGGCGGCUCGACAGGCUGGCGCUUUAGACUUCAUCAUGUCUCUGCCAUUCGGUUUUAACACAGACUGUGGAUCUCGGGGCCUAUCUUUGUCUGGUGGGCAACGACAAAGAAUCGCGAUUGCCCGGGCCCUGAUCCGAAACCCAAAGAUUCUCUUGCUGGAUGAGGCGACGUCUGCAUUAGAUAGCCAAUCUGAAGCAGUGGUUCAGGCAGCCCUAGAGCGAGCGAGUCAAAAAAGAGACCGGAUUACCAUUGCUGUUGCUCAUCGUUUAUCCACAAUUCGAAAUGCAGACACUAUCUACGUUUUGGCGGACGGUAGAAUUGUGGAAUCAGGAGAUCAUGACCAGUUACUCCGAAUGAAAGGGCUCUAUUUUCAGACAUAUAUGGCGCAGUUAUUGGCAUGAAGUCAAUAUGAGGCCAGAUGAACUGCAUUCUUCACCAGGUCCUCGUUAACCUGUCUUGCCAUGAUCCAUCUAAGAUUAUAGAUUUUUUGAUAGCCUCAAACCCAACCAAUAUUCCUCAUCAGCCAGGUCUUGC